GGACCAGCCAAAAACAAUCUCGUAUCUUAAGACCGGCCUGAUUUUAUGGCGCUGGACCAACUAAAUGGGCUUUAGAUGCUGUUUAGAUCUGAUAGGUCGUGGCGGAGACGAAGAAGAGAACCGAAGAAGGUUCCCUCACUUCCCUUGCCUCGACGCGCCCAACCACGCCACGAAGCCACGCGCCCGCCGGCGGCUCACCUUUCCCGUCCCUUCACCUUCCCCUUCCCCUUCUCCGUUCGGUGAAACUGCGGGAGACCCUCGCGGCUUCCCCACCUCGACCUCCAAACUCUAACCACAGACGCAUCGAAAACCCUCGGUGCCCGGCCGAUGGGGAGGAGGAAGGAGCGCCGCCUGGCUGCCAUGGCCGCGGCGGGCCGCAGGGUCAAGCUGGACCUCUUCCUCGAUCUCCCCCCCGGGGAGGCAUCACAUAAUGAUGGAAUAGGAGGUGAAAACCGUGACCAACAGACUGUGGUUCCCACUUCAUCUUCAGGUGGGUUUCAUCAAUUUCCUUCCAAGGGAUAUGUAAAGAAGACAUACCUAUGGAUUAUUGAACAUAAAUAUGGUGGAAAUUUGGAUUUGUGUACAAGCUUGUAUUCCUCCGCAAAUCUGGUUCUGAGAUACAUGUAGGGUUGCUGGCCUGCAAGGAACAUUGAGUAAAUUCUACUGAGCUGCCACUGUCAAAACUGAGUGAAUGCCUAUGGGCAAUUUCUCAUUUGGCAGCAUCUAAGCAUGGGGAUUUCUGGAUGUGAUUGUUCCCUCCUCGGUUCAUAAAAAGGAGAAUCCUCUAGCAUUGCUUGGGCAAUAUAGUGAUGAUGAAGAGGAAAAUGAGGAAACAACAGAUCAACCCACUGAUGAAGCUAAGAGGAGUCCUGGAGAUGCUAGUGCUAAGUUAUCUAGUCCGUGUGUGGAUACAGCUGGUAAUAAUGGCGUGGCAAGAACUGAACCAUCGGUUUCUGUCGGUGAUCAACAAGAAGCACCUCAAGCUGGUGAUAUUAAGAACUAUACCCAAAGUGUUACAGAAAACACUAUUGCUCCCGAGCCAAUUCUACAAGACGAGAAUGUGAAAUCAACUGAAUCUGUUCCUGAUUCAUCUGGCAUGCAAAUUGUUGGUGAAGUCGGUGGAAAUUGGAGAGCAAUAAUGCAUGAACAGAGUAAUCAAUGUUAUUACUGGAACACUGUUACUGGAGAAACGUCUUGGGACAUACCAAAUGGAUUAGCUUCAGGAGCUGCGACUGCAUCUGUUCCUUCUGAUGUGGGCUAUUCAAUAGAAGCUCAAGCCCAUGUUCUUCCUCACAGCACACUUGAAGCGUACCCAAGUGACAUGUCUGUCGGGAAUGGCACAUCAACUUUUGCUAAUUUUGGAAUGGCAUGUGGAAGUGCACAGGUUACUCAAGAUGCUUACGCUUAUGCUGCUCCUAUCGCCAGUCAUGAGCCUAUGGACAUUGAUCCCUUGUAUCUUGCAAAAUAUGGUGAUGAUUUGCUGCAAAGAUUGAACCUGUUGGAAAGGCUCUGUGGCUUGAAUGAAGGUCUUGAAUUGAUAAGGAGAGAAAUCGGGAUACGGAUAUCAGACUGCAAUGCACUUUCAUCGUAUGGGUCUUCUUUGCUCCCGUUGUGGAUGCAUGCUGAGGUGCACCUUAAGCAACUAGACUCUUCCAUUUCUAGGAUGGAAAUGAGCUACCAUGCAGAUACAGAACAUAGGAAUUCUAAGACAGAGGUUGUUGAACACAAUGCACCUGAUGGAGCUGACCUGACAACACCCUCCAAUGGUGAGGCUUUGAAAUCUGAGGUUAGUCCUGGGAUUACUAUCGAUGAAAAUGUGGAGAUUGAUAAGCCAACUUCGAUAUUAUCUGCUCAGGAUUCACAAGGUAGGGAUAUUGCAGCAGUUCCUCCAAAAGUUGAAUCUGACAAUGACCAAGAUAUGGAUGUGGAAAUGGAAGUUGAUGAAGAUAACGUCGAAGAGCAGGCACAUUGCAGUUCUGUACCUAAAAAGGAGCAUCCUCCAUCAGAACAGUUGAGUUCAACUAAUUUGCCAUCAUUUGAAGAUCCUACACCUGAGGAUAAUUCUGUCCCUCCGCCUCCACCAGAAGAGGAAUGGAUUCCACCUCCACCACCUGAAAAUGAACCAGCUCCUCCAGACCCUCCAAAAGAGCCAGCUGCAUCAUAUGUUCAGGUGGAUGCCAUUCCUCAGCCAUAUAUCGCUCAAGAAAAUGUUGGGUAUACAAUUUCAGGAAUGGAGUACUAUGGUAUUGUAGGUACAGAAGGUACAAAUGCCAAUUACUAUAUGCAAGUGAGUGAGCCUCAUGUCCUUCAAGCACAACAGCAUUCUUAUUAUGCACCAGUAUCUGGGAGUGGCGUAUCUGUUUCUGUUGAUGGCACAUCUAUUGCCCCAGAAUCUUAUUAUACCCAUCCUUCAGUCACUAUGGCUGCCAGCGCAGUAGCAGCUGAACAUUCUGUAUACUAUGCUUCAUCAAUCUCUGCCAUUUCUAGCAGCGCAGCAGAUAUCAAAACAAGCUCAGCUUCUCUUGUUUCUGCAAAUAGCAAUUCAGAUCUCAAAGGUCCUGAUAAACUUAUAUCCAAUGAUGCGAGUAUUGUACCUUUGACCCAAGCUGUAGUAGCAACAUCAGGCGCAGGAACGCCAUCUGUCCUGGGAAGUUCUACACAGCCUUCUAGCAGUACUAAAAAUCUGACCAAAGUUACUCGUAACAAGAAGCGGGCUGUUGGUAUUACCUCGUCUCUGAGGUCUAAUAAGAAAGUUUCAAGUUUGGUGGAUAAGUGGAAAGCUGCAAAAGAGGAACUUCGCAACGAAGAGGAAGAGGAGCCUGAAAGUGCUCUGGAGGCAUUAGAAAGGAAGCGGCAAAAGGAAAUAGAGGAAUGGCGGAAACAACAGAUAGCUAGUGGAGAAGCUCAGGAAAAUGCCAAUUUUAUUCCUGUUCGUGGUGAUUGGCGUGACCGUGUCAAACGCAAAAGGGCUCAAGCAAAAAAUGAGUCAAAAGAUGACAUUGUUGCUGCAUCUUUAGGUAGUUCCGAACAGCAUAAAGGACCUCCUGAUCUAGCAGAGCUCUCCAAGGAUCUUCCUACUGGUUGGCAGGCAUACUUGGAUGAGUAUACUAAGCAAGUCUAUUAUGGGAACAACCUCACGUCAGAGACGUCCUGGGAGCGGCCAACAAAAUGAAAAUCUACAGCCUUGUGCGGUCACGAACAGUAGGAUAAGGGCAUGUUUGUUUGGAAUUCUAAUGUGUUCGGAUUAUAUAAUCCAAUAUAUUUUGAACUACUUAGGCUCUGUUUAUUUCCCUUCUAGAUUAUAUAAGCUGAAUUAUGGUGAAAGGUUAAGAGGGUAAAAUAACACAUUGGGAUCAUAAAUAAACUAAAAUAAGCUACUCAAUACUAGCUUAUUUCAGCUUAUUUAUGGUCCUACAGUGAUAUUUUAUCCUCCUACCCUUUUUAUUAUAAUCCAACUUAUAUAAUCGAGUAAACAAACGUACACUUAGUUCAAAAAUAUUGAAUUAUAUAAUCUGGCCAGAUUAUAAUCUCAAACAAGCAUGUCUUAAUUUAACCAUGUAGAUGGUGCUGUACAAUGGGCAGAUCAAUUUUGUUGUAGAUAUCUCCUGGAGUUUUAAAAGAACGAACAGAAGUGCCAAGGAUGUUUAGAGAAUGAAAACGGAAAGUGAAGUUCUUAUAAUGAAUUAAUGAUGCUCAGUUUCUAGUUUUCUAUCUUCGUGCUACGAGAAGCUCCAACAUGAUCUAUUUUGAUGAUUGGAGAGCACAUAGUCACUCAAAUUUCUUUCAUAGUUUUCAUUUCUAGGGCUCUUAUUAUUCGUUUGUAAGAAAUAAUUGGUGAUGUAGUUUGUAAGGAAUAAGGUGAUGUUCUUCCUCAAGCUUUCAUUUUUAGAGCUCUUGAUAAUGAUAAGGACCUUGUACGUGUUUUA